AUGUCGCCGCCCCAACGGUAUCAAAAAGACCAAAAUAACAAUUCACAACACCAUCACCAACAACAACAACAGGAUCCAUCCUCACAACCACCUCAACCUAUGAUAUCCUAUCUACCACCUACACCACCACCUCAUCCAACAGCACCGAUGCAACUCUAUCCGACAGGGGCAGCUGCCAUCAUACCGGCUCCUCCAACUUACGAGCUCAUUCCGAACAGAAUUUUUGUUGGUGGAUUCCCUGUUUCGACUACCGAGUCCGAAUUGCGUGAUCACUUCGAGAGGUUUUAUCCUGUAAAAGAUGUUAAAAUGGUCAAGUCGCUCGACGGUCAUUCCAAAGGUUAUGGAUUCAUUACAUUCGAAACGGAAGACCAGGCAGAAAAGAUUCGCCAUCUCAAUCCAAAGAAACUCGAGUUCCGUAAUCGCAAAUUAAACUUGGGACCUGCGAUCCGUAAAAUGAGUGCUAACGCUUUUCCACCAGGUUAUGCGAUGGUCUCAACCACCCCAGGAGCUUUCGGAUACGCGUUACCACCAUCUCCAGGACCAUACAGUUCACCAGGACCAUACGCCGGAUACUCCCCCUAUGCAACGGCUCCUUCUGUUUUCGUAUAUCCACCAGCUUAUCAGUAUCCUUCAUCUUACACACAACAAUACGAUGCGAAUGCCGGACACUGCUAG